AUGACGAUAAUUGGCAACGACGACCGUAACGACGACGACGACGACAUUCGCAACGACGACGACAAUUGCAACGACGACGACCGGAACGACGACGACAAUCGCAACGACGACGACAAUUGCAACGACGACGACCGGAACGACGACUACGACAAUCGCUACGAUGACGGCAAUUGCAACGACUUCGACCGUAACGAUGACGAUAAUGGCAAUGACGACGACAAUCGCAACGACGACGACAAUCACAACGACGACGACAAUCGCAACGACGACGACAAUUGCAACGACGACGACAAUCACUACGAUGACGACAAUUGCAACGACGUCGACCGUAACGAUGACGAUAAUCACAACGACGAUGACCGUGAUGAAGACGACGACAAUCGCAACGACGACGACUGCAAUGACGACGACCGCGAUUAG